AUGACUCUCCCGGCGACCUCAGCUGCGCCCUCUGCGCCCCGCCGCGCCUCGCGGUUUGACCCGUUCCUCGCCGCCUUCCUCCCAGCUCCCGGCGGCUCGCUCAGCGCAGCCGACGAGCGCGAGCGACUUGCGCGCGGGCACGACUGGUUCGACUCGGCGAGGGUCAAGGGCGCGCUCGAGCGCAGCGUCGCGCAUCCGCUCGGGAGGGACGAGGCGCCGCAGUGGCUCGGGUACGAGAGCGCCGCCGAGGACUGGGACGCCAUGAUGCAGGCGCAGUGGCACGACGCGCACGGACCGACCGUCGCCCACCUCGACCGCAAGCCGUCGCGCGUCCUCGACGUCGCGUGUGGCGUCCACGCGCACUGGAUCGUCUCGACGGCGCAGCAACCCGGCUGGGAGCACACGCGCUUUGUCGGGCUCGACCUCGCGCCGAGCUUGGUGCCGCGAGCGAUGCUGCCCAAGGCGGUGAGGAGCAGGGUUGCGCUCGUCGAGGCCAACUUGCUAGCCGGCCUGCCGUUCUUCGACGGCGAGUUCGACUUUGUGCGCGUCGGGUGCGUCAACUCGGCGAUCCCAGAGGACGCCUGGGACCCGCUCGUCGAAGAGUGCCGCCGCGUCCUCAAGCCGGGUCACCAGCUCGAGGUCGUCGACACGCUCUUCAGCCUGUACAUGCCGCGCCCGCUGCCCGUCAUCAUCGACGCGACCGAGCGCAUCGUCCGUGCACGGUUCGUCACGCUCAACCUGCACGCCGCCAUCCCGCCCGCCCUCGCCAUGAACGAGCUCAAGGACAUGCGCGCCGUCCAGCUCCCGGUCCUGCAUGCGCCGGCGCACCCUCCCGCCACCACCGCCGCCGCCGCCGCCGCCGUCGCGACGAGCGAGAGCGACGCCAAGAAGGACCAGCACGCGCGCAUCCUCCUCCACCUCUGGUCGCAGCGCAUCGCGGCGCACGCCCUCCCGCUCGCCCUCGGCGUCGAGGACACGUACCGGGCCGAAGCGCCUCCCGGCGCACCUCGGCCCGCCAAGGCGUCGUCGGCCGCCGAGAAGGAGCGCCACAUCCUCGAGUGGACGGGCGAGCUGCGCGAGAUCGCGGGCGUCGCGAGCGUGCUCGAGCGCGAGUGGGGGUGGGCGUGCGCGUUUGACCGCAGGCUUGAGCGCAAGCUGGACGGGCAGGUGCGCUUGCUCGAGGGGGCGCUCGAGCGCGAGCGCGAGCGCGAGCGGGACGGCGACGAGCGGCGGCGGGCGGACGGCGGCGUGGGGCUCGCGCAGGGCGAGGUUCGCGAGGCGCUCGAGCAGCAGCAGCAGGUCGAGGCGGUCAAGCGCGAGGCGGAGCUAGAGCUCGUGCGAGUGCGGCGGCGACUUGGGCUCGAGGGCAUGGAGCGCCCGUCCGAGCGGCAGACGAUGGGCAUCUUUGGUGGCGAGGCGUGGGUGUGCAGCAAGGGCACAGAGCGUGUGUAG